GGCCGCUGGGCACAAAGUCCGGGGGGCCAGCCAAGGAGGCAGCAGCCCGCUGGCAGCGCAGGUGGGGCCAGGCAAGAUGCCCCUGGGGCUGCGGAGAAAAAAGAAAUUCAACACCAAGGAGACCUCCCGGCUGGUGGAGGGCGAGCACACGGAUGCGGCUGUCCGCAGUCUGCCCAGCCCUCCGGCGCCCACCCGCAGGCUGGUUUUCCACACGCAGCUGGCCCACGGAAGCGCCACGGGCAGAGUGGAGAAUUUCUCCAGCAUCCAGGAGCUCUACGCCAAGAUCGCGGGUGUGUUUGAGAUCCCUCCGUCGGAGAUCUUAUACUGCACUUUAAACACACCUAAAGUUGACAUGGGAAAACUCUUAGGAGCACAAAUAGGUCUUGAAGAUUUCAUAUUUGCCCACAUAAAAGGGAUCAAAAAAGAAGUGAAUGUGUAUAAAUCUGAGGAUUCACUUGGUCUCACUAUUACAGAUAAUGGUGCUGGCUAUGCUUUUAUAAAGAGAAUUAAAGACGGUAGCAUAAUUGAUUCAGUUAAAACAAUCUGUGUGGGGGAUCACAUUGAAGCCAUCAAUGAAGAAAAUAUCGUUGGGUGGCGUCACUUUGAUGUUGCUAAGAAGUUAAAGGAACUAAAAAAAGAGGAACUCUUUACCUUGACAUUAAUAGAACCCAAGAAGGCCUUCGAUAUGGAGCCCAGGUCAAAAGCUGGAAAGUCAUCAACAGGAAAGAUUGGUACGGGAAGGGAGACACUUCGUCUGAGAUCGAAAGGUCCUGCCACUGUGGAGGAAGUGCCUUCUGAAACCAAAGAAAAGGCGAUUGGAAAGGUUGAUGAUCUUCUUGAAUUAUACAUGGGAAUUCGAGAUAUCGAUUUAGCUACUACAAUGUUUGAAGCUGGAAAGGACAAAAGUAACCCAGAUGAAUUUGCUGUGGCACUUGAUGAAACUCUUGGAGACUUUGCGUUCCCAGAUGAAUUUGUCUUUGAUGUUUGGGGAGUCAUUGGUGAUGCCAAACAAGAAUGAUUAUGAUGUGAAUGAUCGACUCUGGAAGAAUGAACCAUUGUUCCUUAAGAGAAAAGUAAGAUCUGCCUUCAGACACUGUUAUGGACUCUGGCUUGGUUUUAUGUGUAUGAAUACAUUCUUCUGAAAUAUAGUCUUGAUUUUGGGGCACUUUUUUAAUGCAGUUGUAUAUGUAGCAUGCUUAAGAUAAAUUACCUCAAAUGUAACCAAUUUUAAUAUUCAUUCAAAAGCUUUUUAAAAGUUAGUUUUAGAGAGUAUUUCUAGAUAGAUUAUUUUGUUUCCCAUUGACAGCUGUGUUUGUUUUUCACAUAAAAGUUGAUUGCAGUAGCUUUGUAGUUCUUUUGCAAGAUCUUAAUGCAGUAAAAACUAGGAUUGCAGUAUAGUUUGCCUCAUAGCAUCUUCAUUUUGUUAUACUAGUUUGAACAGGAUGGGUUCAGAACAUGAAAUGUGAAUUAUGCCUACUAGAUGUCUAGUAACAUAUAUAUUUUUUAAAUCUGCUGAGUUAGGGGAGGAAGACUCCUACAGCUUAUUAAGGUCUAGGGCCUACUUUCUGUCUUUGUUAAAACAAGGAUUGAUUAACUUUUAUUUUUUGCUUCUUUGUAAUUGCUUUCUUGAUUCUUAAACUUGUUGAAAUCUAUUGUGUUGUAUAUGUGUUUGCAUGUGUAGAAGAAGGUGAAAAAGAGGAAGAUAGCUUAGAAAACACUAAUGUUUGAUUUUUUUUUUAGCAGUUCUUACAACACUAUUUUUUUUCCACUCAUACCUAUUCUUAUGUUACCCUUUAUAAGCAUUCCAGAGAAAGUUUUUUAUAGUCUUUGUAGAACUUUUCUUUUGAAAGAUGUUUACUCAGAAAAUAGCUGUAUUUGAGGACAUUUUUGGGGGUGGUUAAAGAGCAAAACUUUUAAGCCUCCUAAACUUUAAAGGAGAUACUAUCAGAACAGAUUUCCCCCAAGUGAAAAUGCAUGAGGAAGGGAAAGUUGAGAAAAGUAUAUUAUUCUAUUACUUUGGAGUUCUAAUGCACUGUCUCUAAAACCUUACAUUAUUGAGAAAAUUGAGGGUAAAUGACUGUCUUAUCACUGUUUCUUGACAUUUUACAGAUGUAAGGGAGAUGGAAAUGAAUGGUUUCAACAUAGAUCAUUUAAUAAGGCAGAGCAUGGUGUGACCAAGCAUUUUUCUAAAGUGUUAGAUGGAAAAUGCUGCAUGCUGCCAUAGUAAUCGGAAAUAAUAACCUGUGUGAGGUGUAUUCUAGGAAAUCAGAAGUAGUUCCCUUUUCAUGCUGGGUUAAUGCUUACAUAACUUGUUUUCUUGUGCAACUUCAGUUUUACUGCCUUCCACCCUCUUUUUCACAUACAUUUAAUUCUUUGAAGCUUGAUAUUCUUCAUCUCAUUGAUCUGAAACCUUCACAGAAACUGUCAUUAACAUGUAACAAAAAUAGUUUAGAGGAAGUGGAUUGUCUUAUUGCCCUUGCCCAUCAUUUGGAAAUAGGAUCCAGCCUAGGCUGUAGUCAUUUCUUGCUGCUUGUUUAGUGAAUUUCUUAUGGAGGUUCCCACAUACUGUUAAUUCUUAAUACCAUUUCUCAUAGAAGAACAUACUAUAAAAGAGCUGAUAUUUUUAGGGAUAGGAAAGUUAUUGGAUGACUUAGGAGGCUCACAGAAAUAUUUCAGUUUAAACAAAACAUAAAUUUUUUGGCACUAGAUGUUAGAUUUUAGAUGAUGAAGCAUUGUUUAUUAUUGAUGCUGUCUGGUUCUCUUUCCCUCUUGGGUAUGGAUGAAUGCUGACACUUGGUGCAAAUUCCCUGUGAUUUAUGGACUCUCAUAUUUACAAAGUGGUUGUCCUUACCAUGAUCUCUCUAGAAUUUUGAUGUGUAAGGUACUGACAAUCAUGUACAAUUGCAACUGUAACUUGCUUGUUAACAUUAGAUGAGCAUUUAUCAUUAAGGGUCUUAGCUGGGCACAGGUGCUUUCCCAGUAAUAGAUUUUUGCCUUGAACUGUUCUCUCUCACGUCUACUGCUAAACUGAUAACAAGGUCAGUUUCUUUAUGUCAUUUUGUUCUUUUACCUGAAAAUAUAUCUCUUUUUGUGCCUUUGGUAAAAUUCCCAGUGCAUGAAAAAAACAGCUUUUCAGGUCUCACAGUCUACAAGAUGGGGCUACCCUUCUACUGCUACAAUGACCCAGGCAUUUUUUAAACUGGGCCAUAUUUCUGGGAACCGCUAAACAUUUUCAGAACUCUGUUGUUUUUUCUCAAAGAACUUUUUUUUCCUAGUGGAGGAUGAUUGUUUUAUUCUUUUUAAAAUGUUGAUUCUUGUUUUAUUUAUUUAUUUUAUUCUUGUUUUCCUUUCACACAAAACAACACCUUUCAGUGACCACUAAGAGCUCACUCUGUUUUUUUUUUUUGGUGGAGAAAAUUCAAAGGAUGUUUGAACACUGGGUUCUUGAACGUAGCUUGGCUCUGACCAGGUCUACACAUUCUGAUGAUUACAAAUGAGUACAUUUUGGGUUUCUGUGAUGUUUCAGCAACACAGUUAUAUAAUUAUACCAUGUGAAACUCUUUAAGAAUUCAAUUAUAAAAGAUUUAAUCAGUUAACCUCUUUUUGGAGCUGCUGUAGCCAAUAGUCUAAUAUGACAGAUAUUUAGCUAAAUAGAGAUAAUUUUUCCAAAUAAUGUUUAAUUUGCAGUAUUCCCCCACACCUUAAACAAGUAGACAUUUUCCAAGUGAGGCACACUUUGUUUAGCUCCAUGCUGUUGCUAGACCUCCAUCAAGUCCAGAGAGAACCUUCCUGUUUCCUUCAGUUAUCAUUACCUCCCUAGCACAGUAGCAAAAUGAAUUUCAUCUGCAAAUGGUGUUUUCAAAAUAAUGGUUCUUCUAAUAGUGCAUAAUUAUCCACCAAAGAUUUAAAAGAAUGAUCAUAUGAUUACCCUUUCACUCUGUGAUACAGCUGAAAAAUAUGGAUACUAGUAGUAUGCUGUGAUUCUUGAGGAAGUAAUAGAUUAAAAGGACAGGUGAGUAUUUUACUCAAGCUGUGAGUGAGUAACGAGAAGAUGCUAUUCAACUCACAGUUCCAAGUAUUAGUGCUCUGUGUAAAAUGCACUUUUAUUAUCUUCUUGACACAGGUUGAAAGCACUAUCAGAGUAAUUUAUUAUGAUUAUAAAAUGUUUCUAAGAUUGUGAAGUGUACCAAUGGCACAGCCUGUCCCUACCUGUUACCUGAAAACCUAGUUCCAAGAAAUGACUCACGGUUAUUAUCUGCUAGAAGGGCAAGCAAAAGUUGAAUAUGACAUUCUUUAUUUCUUUGGAGGCAUUACAUCUCCAUGACACUUAUGUACAGUCAUAAAUAUUUUCAAGCUAUAGAAAAAAUUAAAUUAAAAAAAUUCAUUUUAUAUUUUGAACUGUGCCACGCCUACAGCAUUGACUAUAUACAGGUAAAAUAUUCUAUUUUUUCAAAAAGAAAUGUUUUUUCUCUUUUAUAAAAAUCAUAUCUUAUACUUUAAGAUGUAUUUUUGAGAUUGAACUUGGAAAUCUAUUAAUAUGUGAAAUUAAAAAUUAUAUUUGAUAUUGUUUUAAAACUAUUUACUGUAUUUCUACUUACAAUGUAUAAAAUUUCAUGUAUUGAUCAAAAAUAAAUUAUUUGUAAAGCUAACAUAACUUUA